ACAAACAAAUAUGCAAACCAUAUACAUCCAAAUAAGUUCUAUUAUUUCUCUAGUUUCUAUCUGAAACUUGCAAGACAAUAACACAGAAAAGAAAGAAAGAAGAGUUUGCAGAGAAAAAAAAGAGAGGAAAAAUGGCACACGCAAUGGCUUCUACAACUGGAUUACGUGGUAGCUCACAAGCUGUCUUGGAAGGUAGCCUUCAACUCAACAGCUCCACCCGAUUGAGUGGAGUCAGCAACAGCCGAGUAAGCGUAAUUAGUCGAUCUAGUUUCACAGUUAAAGCUCAGUCAUCGGACAAUGAAGCUGUAGCUCAGAGUAGUCGCCGAGCUGUCUUGGGACUAGUAGCUACCGGAUUGGUAAGUGGCUCAUUCAUUCAGCGUGUGCUUGCUGAAGCAAGGCCAAUUAAGGUGGGAUCACCUCCCAAGCCAUCCGGUGGAUUGCCUGGAACUCUGAACUCAGACCAAGCUAGAGAUCUUGAUCUACCAUUGAAGGAGAGGUUCUUCCUUCAACCACUGUCUCCAACAGAGGCUGCACAAAGAGCUAAAGAAGCGGCUAAAGAGAUUCUUAAUGUGAAGAGUAACAUAGACAAGAAGGCGUGGCCUUAUGUUCAGAACGAUCUUCGUUCCCAGGCUGGAUAUCUUCGUUACGAUCUCAAAACCAUCAUCUCUUCAAAGUCUAAGGAAGAAAAGGCUUCGCUUACAGAACUCACCAACAAACUCUUUAAUUCCCUUGACAGCCUGGACAAUGCAGCAAAGAUCAAAAGCAGCGAAGCAGCAGCAAAGAGUUAUGCCGACGCUGUAGUGUCUCUGAAUGAUGUUAUUGCCAAGCUUGGUUAAUUUAUAUUGAAAGAAUAAUAAUCCGCCUUCGCUUAAACUUGUACCUUCUGCAAAUCUCCUUUUGGCACAUUUUAUGGCUGUGGCAAACCUGAUAAAUAAACAAAAAAAGCGCGUUCUAGGCAUCCUAGACGCACAAAUCCAAUAAGAAAAUCAUAAUACCUCUUAGU